CUACUACUAUUUUUCCCUGGUUUUUUUUAAUAGACAUGGCUGACGACAGUAUUGACGACGCUCACGGCUUCUUUCAGUUUGCAGACUUUUCAGACAGCGAUGAUGAAGACGGUCUGUUUGGAAAGACCCGCGACCGCACCGUCGAGUUUGACCCGAGCAAGAUAAACUACUCACCAAAGAUCGACUACGACAACUGGUUCGACCGCCGCGCCGAAACGCAGCUGGAGGAAUGGAUUGACUCACACAGUGGGCUUGACGAGGUUACAUUCACAGCACAGCGGCUGUACUUUAAACGCCAGUUUGCAGAGACCCGGGAUCUGUGUAUAAAAGUUCACCAAGCUGUAUCUCGAGAAGAGAGGCAAGGGCGUGCGGAUAGCCAGCAUCCGCGAGAUACUCGAGAUUGGGUCCAAGGCAGCAAUGCGCAUGGAUGAUCUUCGAGAGUCUCGAGUACUUUUACGAUCUGUACCAGGGCUGCGGAGGAGCGUUCCCUGGGUACAACCAGUUUUUGGCCUCAGUUCUGCGCAAGCUUGGACGACCUGUAGAUGCCUUGGCUCAAUACACGACAUACCUGGGUAUGCGCAAGCAGGACGCUAUGGUGUGGCAGAAUAUCGGCCAGAUACUGCGCGAACUAGGUGCAGAGGACCUGCAGGCCAUGCAAGAUCUUGUUCGACUGUCGCUGGCAGCCUUCAUGCGGUCGUACACGAUUAUCCAAGAGUGCAAAAACUGGAAAUCUAUGGCGUUUGCUGUCGAGCGCAAGCAGAAGCAACUUAAUGGGCUCUCCCAAGACGCUGCAGCGUCGCUUGACUUGCUUGGAUUUGCAGCCCCCACCGAUGUUUGGAGCCAGUGCGAGGACGAAAUGUUUACUGACAACGUACAGUCUCUAUUGGAUGCGUGCUCGGAUGCACUGGAGAUCCCUGUCAGAUGGAUUGCAGCACAGCUUUCAAACACUGGUGAGUCUACCGAGCAACAGGACGACGACGAGGAGAAAACUGGUUGCUGAUCUUUAAGUGGCAAACAACACUUCAAACCACCACCCGAAAAAAAUGGCCGACCACUUCCAAGAGGGCAGCGGUUUGUAAAGGAAGAUUUGCACCGGUGU